CUGAAAACCGCUUUUCAGGGUGUGUGGCAUCCAAGUCAAACCUGCGAUGAAGCACGACGACAGCGAGGAGCACCAACACUCAGAAGUGCUCGUCGAAUAACGAGUUCAUCCCUUGAUAUUCAGCUCAAACCUGGUGAUAUCAAAGCUUGUCCUCGUUGUCACACCUACAUAGUCAAGAUGGAUGAUGGAUCGUGCAAUCACAUGGUUUGUGCUAUGUGUUCCGCCGAGUUCUGUUGGUUGUGUCUGAAGGAAAUAAGUGAUUUGCACUAUCUAAGUCCGACCGGAUGCACCUUUUGGGGCAAGAAACCCUGGACUCGCAAAAAGAAGCUGCUCUGGCAGUUAGGUACUCUGAUUGGUGCACCUGUAGGCAUAGCCAUAAUAGCUGGACUUUCCAUACCCGGGAUUAUUUUUGGUGUUCCAGUAUUUGUCGGGAGAAAGGUCCAUCAGCGUCUCGCGCAUCACUCGAAUGCGCGUCGACGUCUCCUCACCGCUGCGUGUGUUGUGGGUUCAUUGUUCAUUAGCCCCGUGCUCGCUGUGAUGGCCGUAGGUGUUGGAGUACCGAUUAUGCUUGCAUAUGUUUACGGAGUUGUUCCGUUGUCUCUGUGUCGUAAUGGGGGUUGCGGGAUUUCUGAACCUAAUACUCAGACAGACGCUUUGAACGAUGAAGAUCUUUGGACUCUAGCUUCUCAUCAGGACAAAUCUCAGCUGCUGAGUGAGAUGGACAGACCGGAUGGGUCCUCACUUGUCGCUGAACUUUCUUUGCAGAGUGGAAUAUCUGGCGGUAUUCAGCAUCAUGUCCGACUUGCUGUCAAUGACAUCCGCAGGCGAACAAGUGUUGACUCUGGUGUGAAUAGCCUCUGCGAAAGAAUCAACUAUGAGGAAGCUAGCACACGUGCCAUGGCGGGGUCUCAUUAUCACUACGAUGAUAAGGUUACAUUUACAGUCUUCCGCAGUUACAAGAAAUUACAUUAA